AACGCUCUCUUUUUUCUGCACUGCUUCUCUGAAAAUCUCUUUAAAGUCCGACAAUUCUUUAAAGACUCUCUCCCUCUCUGCGUGAAUCUCUUUGGGUUCAGCCUGCUUUCUCUCCUUCUCAAGCUGUCAAAGAAGGGUGAACCUGAGAGAGGAAAGAUAGCUUCUUGGUAAGAAUUGGUUUUGAUCCUAAAUGUCGACCCAGAAUCGCCGUUCGUCGUUUUCAUCGUCGACGUCAUCAUCCUUGGCGAAGCGGCUCGCCUCGUCUUCCUCAUCGUCCUUGCCAAAGCGGUUCGCCUCCUCGUCUUCGUCGUCGGAGAAUGUGGGAAAGACUACGUUGACAAAGAAGCGAGCUCCACUCGCUGACCUGACCAAUGCCAAGAACGCGGCUCACGUUGCUUCACGGAGCUUCGUCCCAUCUUGUGCUCCGGUGUCAUCCGCAACUAAAAUUUCCAUGGCAAAGAAGGGACCUCCUGCUAGCACCGGUAUAAUGGGAUUUUCGGGGAGAAAUUUUGCUGCAUCCUCGAGUGUUAAAUCAAGUGCACUUGUUCCUUGUAGCAAGGUUACAUCUUUACCCAGCAGUGAUGAAACUGUCCCCAGCACUGCUGCCAUUCCUGCAUCGUGCAGCAUGGAUGUUUCUCCAAGUAAAUCAGAUGGGCUUUCAGUUUCUUUGGAUGAAACCAUGUCUACUUGUGAUUCUUUCAAGAGCCCUGAAGUUGAAUACAUCGAUAACAAUGAUGUUCCAGCAGUUGAUUCUAUCAACAGAAAGACAUUUAGCAACCUCUUCAUUUCAGACCAUGAUGAAAAAACAGGGAAUAUCUGCAAUAGAGAUGUCCUUGCAGAGAUAGAAGCAGAUGAUGAAAUUGUUAAUGUUGAUAACAAAUACAUGGAUCCACAGCUUUGUGCAACCUUUGCUUGUGAUAUUUACAAGCACUUGCGUGCGUCUGAGGCAAAGAAAAGGCCUUCCACAGACUUCAUGGAGAAAAUUCAGAAGGACAUUAAUACCAGCAUGCGAGCAAUAUUGAUAGAUUGGCUUGUGGAGGUGGCUGAAGAGUACAGGCUUGUACCUGACACAUUAUAUUUGACUGUAAACUACAUAGAUCGGUAUCUUUCAGGGAAUGCGAUGAAUAGGCAACGGUUACAGUUACUUGGUGUCGCCUCCAUGAUGAUUGCCUCAAAAUAUGAGGAGAUUUGUGCACCCCAGGUGGAAGAGUUCUGUUACAUAACCGAUAACACCUACUUCAAGGAAGAGGUUUUGGAAAUGGAAUCUGCUGUUUUGAAUUACUUGAAGUUUGAAAUGACAGCUCCAACAACUAAAUGUUUCUUGAGGCGAUUUGUUCGUGCAGCUCAAGGGAUCAAUGAGGUUCCAUGCUUGCAGUUAGAGUGCUUAGCCAACUACAUUGCAGAGUUAUCUCUCUUAGAGUACAGCAUGCUCUGCCAUGCCCCUUCACUUAUAGCUGCUUCGGCAAUUUUCUUGGCCCAAUAUAUACUUUACCCUGCAAAGAGACCAUGGAAUUCCACCUUGCAGCAUUACACACGUUACAAGCCUUCUGAUUUGAGUAACUGCGUCAAGGAUCUCCACCACCUGUGCUGUAAUAGCCAUAGUUCUAGCUUACCCGCUAUAAAGGAGAAAUACAGUCAGCAUAAGUACAAAUAUGUAGCAAAGAAGAAUUGCCCUCCUACGAUACCUCCAGAGUUUUUCCAGAAUUGAAGUCACGAUACCUCCAGAGUUUUUCCAGAAUUGAAGUCACCAGACGUGUGUUUCGGGUCCAAUGCCUUAGUUGGAUGUAGACUUCAGGCCAGUGAUAACAGCAGCUAGUUGGUUCCCAACCAAGCAUUGGAAUUUUUUUUUUUUUUACUCCGAUAUUGUAUAAUGUUGAUGUAGCACAUAGUAUUUGUGCAUACUUCUGGGGUUUGUGCUGAUGAUUCUAUUGCUUCACUCAACAUAAACUCGUAAGCUUUGUAUGAUAUAUUCCUUCUUUCUUCUCCAAUGCUUGCCCAGCUUGGAAUCAAUCAGUAUUGCUCAGUUAAAUGGA